UGUUGACAAGAAUUCAAUGUUUAUUGAUAAAUAACGAAUAUAUUCCAUCAGGCCUGAUUCACACGCUGACAUAUUUUUUUGUUUGAGUUCUGUUGAAAUCAUUUGUCAUUUGUUAUCAGCUGAUUGUUAUCGAAUUUGAUAAAAUGUCUUCAUCACAACAAAAUGAUGGUGCACAAAGUAAUGCUACCAUUCCGAUCAGUUUAUCUUUGAAUCCUGGUUUGAGACAAUCAACACAUCAACAACCUGGUGGUGCGACAACAUUCAUUUUAAAUCCAUCGCCCGGUACCACAGCUGCUUCUGCUCAUCAACAGGGUACAAUGAUCCAUGGCGGUAAUUUCGGUCAUCAACAACCGCAGCAACAACAACAACAGAUAAAUCCUAUGAUUGGAGCACCUAUUAUGAACACGCAACAACAACAAUUUCUUCCCAAUCAAUCACAACCGAUGGUUAUGGUAAAAACGGAAAUUCUUUCCAAUCAAAACAAUGCCAGUUCAUUUUCAAAUAUGCCACCAGUGACAACAACUGCACUGUUACAACAAACGAAUACAUUUACAAACAAAUCCUCAACUGCAACCACUAAUGGUCAACAAAAAAUGGAUAACGAAGCGAUAGAUCAAAACAAUAAGGAUAUUCAAAAUAAUGAAUCAAAAUCACCGAUACCACCUCCUCCUAUAGUUGCCUUGGACAAACAACGACUCAAAGAAUUGGUUGAACAAGUAGAUCCGAAUGAACAAUUGGAAGAAGAAGUUGAAGAUGUACUACUAUCGUUGGCCGAUGAUUUUAUCGAAUCAUUAGUUUCACAAGCAUGUAUGCUGGCUAAACAUCGAAAAUCAAAUCAUUUAGAUGUAAAAGAUGUUCAAUUAGCAUUAGAUAUGAAUUGGAACAUGUGGAUACCAGGAUUUGGUGUUGAUGGAGUUGUGGGUGUUUAUAGUGGUGGCGUUGGAAGUGGUUCAUCAUCUAACAUUGGUCAACAACAACAACAAAAUUCAGCCGCAGGCUCUGGUACUUCACAUAUUUCCGAUAGUGGAAGUAUAGCAUCCGGUAGUAAUGCUGGUGGUACUGGUAUGACAAUGAAUCGUGGUCCUAAAAAAUGUUUGAUCACUGAAGCACAUAAACAACGUUUAGCAUUGAUUAAAAAAGUCAUGAAAAAAUUUUGAAUAAAAAAAAAAUAAUCUCAUUACAUUGAUGUACACAAUGAAAAUAAUAA